AUGUCGCUUCCGAAUAAUGGAACGGAUUGUGGAGGUGGAGAUGUUGACGAGCUUACUGUGGGAUCUGUAGCACUAGCUUCUAGCUUUAUUCUUGUCAAUUGUGUCGUCAGUGCAUUCUUUGGACUCGGACUCGAGCUUGACUAUAUCGUUAGUGCUCUACGUUGCUUAAUCCAACUUUCAGUACUGGGCUUGCUACUCGAACCAGUAUUUGCUCAUGACGAGAAUCCGUACAUGGUCUUUGGCCUCACGUCCCUUCUGAUACUCCUCUCGGCCAUUGAGAUCGUCUACAACAAGGCUCGAAUCACCCACCGCUACAUGUUUGCAAACGUGCUGCUCUCGAUUUUGGUGCCGACAUUGUCAAUCGGAUACAUUGGCUUGAAAUUCGCUAUUGGGGCUGAACCGUUUUGGGCUGCGAGGAGAUUUGUGCCUAUGCUGGGAAUGCUGCUGGGGAACUCCAUGAAUGCUCAGGCCGUCGCACUGUCGCAUACACUAACGCAGCUGACAAGUCAAAAGGAGAUCAUUGAGAUGAGACUGGCUUACGGUGCUAGUAGAUGGGAGGCUGCUCAGAGUGUGUGUAUUGAUGCAACGAGGAUUGCUCUGCUACCUGCUCUGAAUUCCAUGAGUGUGACUGGUCUUAUAGCUAUACCAGGGAUGAUGACUGGACAGAUUUUAGGAGGAUCGCCGAUUGUUACUGCUGUACGAUACCAGCAAAUCAUAACAUUUAUGAUUUCAGCUUCAGCUGCACUUGCAAGUGUGAUUGCAACAAUGUACAUAGGUCUAUUACCCGUCUCCAAGCUGAAACACUUUGGAAUGGCAGCUCCUAGUACUCGUUUGAGAUCUUUUUUGAAAUCUUGGACAAAGAAUUCGGAUCAAAACAAUGAACAAGAACCUAAAGAACUCAUCAAAACUCUUACCGGUGAUGAUGAACUAGACAUCACGAACGCUACGGUUACGAAUGAUGUGAAAAAAGUGCCACUCGAUCACAAACCAGUUGACAAUGGACUACCACCACUCAGUCGCCUAAAGAAUUGGGAUGAAAGCUCUUGGCUAUAUCGAUGGUCUUUUACGUUCGUCGAGGAGAUGACGAAGCGUGGUUAUAGAAAGGAGCUUACUCCUGAAGAAAUGCCUGCUAUAUGUGAUCAAGAUCGGUCUGAGAAACUAUCAGACAUGUUCUUAGAUCUAUGGGAAAAAGAGGUCAAAAAGAAUGGCAAGAAUGCUAAACUUUGGAGAGCUGCUGUAUGGACGUAUGCGCCGAAAUAUUUCCUGGCUGGAUUUCUACUGGGAUUGAAAACUAUUGCGGAAUUGGGACAAGCUAAUCUACUUGGAGCUGUAUUACGGUACUUUCAAGAUCCAACUCAGUCUCAAUCGACUGGAUUUGCAUAUGCGGGUGGAUUGGCAUUGUGCGUCUUUGCCGCCGGAAUAUUGCACCACGUAUCGUUCUUUGUCGCAAUUCGUGUGGGCAUGCAAGUACGGGUCGGUCUGAUAGCUGCCAUAUACAGGAAAUGCUUGAGAUUAUCAAGCUCUGCUAAUGCUUCUAGCUCUGGUGUUAUUAUCAAUGUCAUCAGUAACGACGUGCAGAGGUUUGAGGACGCGUCAAUAUUUAUAAAUCACAUAUGGGUCACGCCGAUACAGAUCUGCCUCGUGUUGUACUUUGUGUACAACAACAUCGGUGUCGCCGCCUUCGCAGGAUUCGCCAUGUCGCUGAUGUAUAUCCCACUUCAGUACUUUUUCGGCUAUCUCUUUGGUAUUUUGCGAGACAAGGUCCUCUCUGGACGAGACGACCGUAUCAAAACCCUCUCAGACAUGCUGCACGGGAUGCAAGUAGUGAAACUAUACUCUUGGGAAAAUCCAUUCAAAGACCGAAUCGUCAAGCUUAGAGAUACUGAGCUCCAUUUUACCGGAAAAGCAAACACCUUACGUGCUAUCAACGAAGGCUUAUUCUUUUCAUCAGCGGGCUUGAUUUCCCUCUUUGCGUUUGGAACGUAUUGGUUAUUGGGCAACACAUUAUCGCCGUCUAAAGUGUUUAUGACUGUGUAUCUUCAUGGUCUCAUUCGUGAAACUGUUGGAAAUGCCCUUCCCAAAUGUAUACAAUUCUCGACUGAAGCUCGAGUAUCACUCGGGCGUAUUCAAGAGUUCUUCCUGCAGCCAGAAGUUGGCGAUAAAGAACUAUCGAAAGAAGGUGCUGAACUACUAGCAUCAUACCAAGACCCGACCGUUUUGGUUGCAGCCAAAGAUGCAUCAUUUGCAUGGCUGACGGGUCGUCCAGAUUCCAGUGAAGAAGACACGGCGUCUUCCACCGACGCGAAGACCGAUAUACCCGAAAAGCAAAACGAUCCACUACAUCGCCCUCCCGUUUUACAACACGUGUCAUUCACGCUGAAACGGGGAGAAGUGCUGGGUGUUUGUGGACCUGUAGGGAGUGGCAAGACGUCACUUGUUUCAGCAAUCCUUGGUGAAAUGGAACAAGUUGGUGGUGUCUUGGCUGUAGCUAGCAAGAAACUAUCGUAUUCCUCGCAGACUCCAUGGAUUGCUAGUGGAACAGUCAAGGAAAACAUAUUGUUUGGUGCUCCUUUUGACGAGUCUCGGUAUAAAGAGGUGGUUCGAGUCUGCGCUUUGGAACGUGAUUUAGAGAUUUUCCCAAACGGGGAUGAGACGGUCGUUGGCGAAAGAGGAGUUACGCUUUCGGGUGGUCAGAAAGCCCGUUUGUCGCUCGCCAGAGCGUGCUACUACGAAUCCGAUAUAUGUAUUUUGGACGAUCCUCUGAGUGCAGUCGACUCGAAAGUCGGCCGUGUGCUCUUUGAGCAAUGUAUUAAAGAAUUCUUGAAGGAUCGAGCAGUAUUGCUAGUCACACACCAGUUACAAUACGUGACCCGUUGCGAGAAGGUGCUAGUUUUAGAAGGAGGAAUACCGAUAUCGUUCGGAACAUUCGACUACGUAGCUUCACAUGCAGCUUCCAGAUUCGCUGAAGCUAUGAGAGAAUUUUUGAAUCGGCCAGACCUUGAUCAGACGGUGGAUGAAACUGAUGCUGAAGAAGAAAAACCAGUCGUGAAAGCUGCUUCUAUCAGGAUAUCAACAGCCGUUGAGGAGGAAGACGAUGUAGUAAGACCACUAGGAACCACUGUUGCUGAAUCGCCAGCAGUCGAGCUAGGAGCUGGUAAUGAUAAAUUAGAUCCAGACGCAAAUCAAGAAAUGACGAAGGAAACGAAUGUUAUUGGGACUGUCUCGUGGUCAAUUUAUAAAAAGUACUUUUCUGCUGGUGCUGGUUGGCUUUCCCUAGUUGGCCUGCUGGUUUUGAUGAUUGUUGGUCAGGCGGCUCAAGUCGGAGGCGAUUACUGGCUAUCUCGAUGGGCUGGUACUCUGCCAGCGAAUCAAUCAAAUCCCAUCUUCCCUGCUCUCUACCUGACAUUGGUUGCAUUGCAACUCACGAUGGGCAUGACGAGAUCACUAGUUUUCUUUAACAUUGCCUUGAACUCGACCAAGAAUAUCUUCGUUUCUAUGUUGACGAACGUACUACGUACUCCUAUGUCCUUCUUCCAGUUCAACCCUAGUGGCCGUAUCUUGAAUCGUUUUGCAAAAGACUUGGCACUGGCUGAUGAAAUGCUGCCGCAAACACUCUUUGAUUUCGUUCAGUGCUGCUUCAUCAUGGGCGGUGUCUUCAUCAUAACAGCCGUCAUCCUCCCACCAAUACUGGCCGUAAUCCCAGUAAUCCUGACCGUCUUCUACUGGUUGCGCAAAUUCUAUAUGGCGUCAUCUCGUCAAGUCAAGAGACUCGAGGCUCUCUCACGGUCACCAGUAUACUCCAAUAUUCCCGCCACCCUAGAUGGCCUCCCACUGAUACGAGCCUUCCAAGCCCAAAACCGUUUCUGGAAACGCUUUGUGACUUUGCAGAACGAGAAUACGAGAUUGUGGUUUGCGUUUUUGUGCGGUGCUAGGUAUCUGGGCUUUAGAACGGAUUUGAUUUGUGCUGUUUACCUUACAGCAGUCGUGUUUAUGGGAGUUGGAUUGAGAAGUUACUUGAAUCUACCCGCAAGUUUGAUGGGGUUGUCGUUAUCGUCGGCGUUAAAUCUUAUGGGGUUGGCACAAUGGGCGUUUAGACAGUCUGCAGAAGUAGAAACGCUAAUGGUGUCAAUGGAGAGAAUAUUAGAGUAUACGGAACUGCCAGCCGAAGCACCCGAAAUAACUAGUCUUCGGCCACCAUCUAACUGGCCUGACAAGGGUGAAGUCGAAGUGACGAAUCUGAGCUUGACAUAUCCAGGAACGGAUACUCCUGUUUUGAAUAACAUUACAGUUCGAUUUGAACCUGGCAAGAAGAUUGGUAUUGUUGGAAGGACAGGUGCUGGUAAAUCCUCCUUCCUCCAAGCACUCUUCCGACUAGUGGAGCCAGAAGGACACAUUACCAUUGACGGUAUCAAUACUGGGGAUAUAGGAUUACAUGAUUUGAGGUCAAGGCUUUCGAUUAUACCUCAAGAACCAUUCUGCUUCUCUGGAGAUCUACGAUUCAAUCUAGAUCCAUUCGACCAAUACUCUGACACACAACUAUGGAGUGCUCUGGAAGCAGUAGAGCUGAAACGUGUUGUGGAAAAAAUGCCACUCAAGAUGGAAAGUGAAGUCGCUGAGAAUGGAAGCAACUGGUCAGUUGGUGAACGACAAUUGAUUUGUCUUGCACGAGCCAUCUUACGUAAUAGUCGAUUGAUUGUCAUGGAUGAAGCGACAUCUAAUGUGGAUUUACAUACCGACGCUCUGAUUCAACGUGCGAUACGAUCACAAGAUGGGCUGUUUGCUGCUAGCACGGUACUCACAAUAGCGCAUCGACUCGGCACUGUGAUUGAUUUCGACUACAUAAUGGUUCUGGAUCAUGGCGAACUAGUCGAAUUCGGCACUCCAUACACCCUACUGUGUAAUUCUGAUACAUGGUUUGCAAAGAUGGUGCAUGAGAUGGGUGAGGAAGCUGAAAAUCAUCUGAAACUUAAAGCCAAGGAGGCUUCCGAAGCUCAGGCCGUAGUAGCUGAUGCCAAAAAGACAAACUGA